GCAGCGCUGCUGGAGACGCGGCGGCUUCAUCGGGGCUAAAUGUAGCUGCCUGCUAACCGCUAGCGGGCUAAGCUAAACGCCGUUUUCCGUGUAUGAAAUCAGCGGGAUCGGAGUUUCCGUCAUGUCUGUGUCAAUGAACUUGAACUGUCCGGGGCUCUACUGUGGAAUGAAGAAUGGAGAAAAUGGAUCAGAGCAGUGUGGGGCUUGCCCUCGAGGGGAGAGGACGAGCAUAAUGAAGAUCUGCCAAAAAUGCAUGGACACUCCGGAGCUGUACGACUGGCUGUACUUGGGCUUCAUGGCCAUGCUUCCUCUGGUCCUGCACUGGUUUUUUAUUGAAUGGUAUACUGGGAAGAAAAGCUCCAGUGCUUUGUUCCAGCACAUUACGGCCCUGUUUGAAUGCAGUGCUGCAGCAGUGGUCACUCUGCUGGUGAACGACCCAGUGGGGCAGCUGGUCAUCCGCUCCUGCAGAGUCCAGAUGCUGUCGGACUGGUACACCAUGCUCUACAACCCCAGCCCGAACUACGUCGACACGCUGCACUGCACUCAGGAAGCUGUGUUUCCUCUGUACACCAUUGUGCUGAUCUACUACGCCUUCUGCCUGGUCUUCAUGAUGAUGCUGCGGCCGCUCCUGGUGAAAAAGAUAGCGUGCGGUUUGGGGAAGACGGACCGUUUUAAAAGUAUAUACGCAGCCCUCUACUUCUUCCCCAUCCUCACUGUUCUGCAAGCAGUGGGUGGAGGCCUGCUCUACUAUGCCUUCCCCUACAUUAUUCUGGUGUUGUCCUUGGUCACCUUGGCUGUGUAUAUGUCAGCUUCAGAGAUACAGUCUUUUAAGAACCUCGUUGCCAAAAAGAAGCGGCUGGUGGUGCUCUUCAGCCAUUGGCUCCUCCACGCAUACGGCAUCAUCUCAAUCACCCGGUUGGAUAAUUUAAAGCAGGAUUUGCCGCUGUUAGCUCUGGUGCCUGGACCCGCUCUCUUUUAUUUACUCACAGCCAGAUUCACAGAGCCAAACAGGAUUUUGUCUGAAGGUGGAAAUGGACACUGAUGUGGUAGAAGAGGCCUUCAGCUGGUGGUUGAUCAUUACUGACCAUUAAAAGACUUAAGCUACCGUGACAAAUGGCAUAUAUAGGGGGAAUUCCACCAAUUUUUCAAAAAUUCUGUAUAAUUCUGUGGUUCUGACGGUCAUUCAGAGUUUUUUGGUGUGAAACGGUUGAUUAUAGAGACUCGAAUUUCUUUGCAGUGGUGGUGAUGGGAACCAGGGGCCAUGACUACAACACAAAUAUAGACAUUUUAUUUACUGUCCAAAACCACCAGUGAACCCACACGAGUCUUCUGAGUUUAUAUGGAAUGUUGUUGAUGGUAAAAUCGUGGAAAAUCUGAUAAAUUUGGGACUAUUUUGCCUCACAACGUCCUGCAUGUAUCCCUCCACCAUGAAUGAAUUUAAAAAAUACGUUUUAGGUCAAAAUCUUCUACAGAUCAUAAAACAGUGUCUCAGUCAUCAGGCAGUGAAUUCAUAACCAUUUCAUGUAGGAACUUUCUGUGAGGGAGCUUUUAGAGGUGGACGUCUGGUUCCUAUCACCACCAAGUUUCUCUAGAACAGAGCGUUUCACACCAAACCUCUCUGAACGACUUUAUUUACAUCUGAACUACUUAAUUAUGCAAAUUAAUUUGAAUACUCAGUGCUCUUUAAUGCUGAAUCCCUGGCCACACUGGGUAGUGACAUCAUUUAUAUCACCACCAACAUGGAUACUUAUGAGCCAUAACCUGUUUGCCAUCAUAUACUGUAAAUUAAUUGCGAGCCUCUUUGCAAAGACUGAGUCUGGGCUCGAUUUUCUCUUUAGACUGAAAAAACCUAAAACUUCUAGCUGCGUGAUACAGUCUGGUGCUGGACGAUAGAGUUUAAUUCCAAAUUUAUCACAGAGUCAGAUGAUGUUUAGGUGAGCAUUAAUAUGAUUAAUAAGUAAGCAUUAAUAAAGUUAAUGAGCUACGAAUGCUGAGUGCUAAACAGUUUAUCUUAUAAACGUGACAGCUUGUUUUGAUUGGACUCUUGUUUUAGUCUGCUUCUCUUAGGCUGUCUUUAGAUGGGGAAACUUCUACACAACUAGUUGCAUGUUGUGAUUUGCCUGCAACAUAAUUUCCGUGCAACUUGACAGUUACACAGAGCAAUUCAAAAACAAAGCUGCACGCAACACAAUCAGUUUCUCCUUUAUUUUUUAUUUUUUGUCAUUUGUACACGUUUUUUGAUACACUGUAUCAUUCUCGCUGUAAACUCACCCGUGAGAUGUAAUUGAUGUCCUUUACAGCAUUUUUAUCAUCUUCGUAUAUUUUUUUCCAGCUGUCAAGAAUCUUGUUUUUUUGUCUUGUCCAUUGAUGCGGUGAAAAUCGUUUGGAUAUAUGUCAUCCAACAUGAUCAUGUGAUGCGUUAUCAGCGUUUUGAUUGGCUGUUUCAUGAAACUUUUUUCACGAAGUUGAGACACUUGCAACUAUUGCGGCUUCAAGUGAGUUGCAGGACACUUUACAUUAUGUAGCUCAAGUUGCAUGCUGAUUUCAAGUUUGUUCCAUGUAGUUUCAUGCAGAUUUUAAGCAAAGUUGCAUGAAAAUUUGUCUGUGUAAAGCCAGCCUAAAAGUUACACCAAAGGGAGCCUUGAAAAUGCUAACCUGACAGAAAAUACAACAAAGAUACAAGAAAAGGAAACUCACUGUUGAAUAUGCUUUUGUAUGUAUCGUGGACUGUUUUUUCAAAACAGUCUGAAGCAAGUGACAUACAUUGUACAUUUUUGGGUUUUAUUUAAUAUUUAAUUAACAGACUUUUAUCUUUCAGUAUCACUAAAACUACGAAUCAGUAUCACAGUGGGACCGAUAUUGACGAUAUAUCGCCCAGCGCUAACACAGAAUAUACACAUACACCGAUCAGGCGUAACAUUAUUUCUACGCUCAUUGUCCAUUUUAUCAGCUCCACUUACUAUAUAGGUGCA